UUGUUGAACUGAGGCGGUGUAUGAGGAGGCAAGAAACACAAAGGAACAAACUACAUAUGGAAUUAAAAGAGUUCAUCCGUGAGGAGAUUCGUGCUGCUCUAAAUCCAAAGGGCGAAACACAAGUACAACCUGAACCUUCCAAGGUAUCAAAGAGCCCUAUUAAAAAGGUGGAGAAGCCAAUGGUAAAGAAAUCCAGAAAUGUUCAAAUUGGAACAAGAAGAUCUCCUCGGCUGAAGAAUAUGAAUACUUCAGAAUACAAUGUUGAUGAUGUACCUCCACCUUCUGAGAAGGAUGAAGAGAAAACUGCCCCUGAAUCUGCUAGAAAAGAAGCAGAUAUGUCUGACAAUGAAAGUGCUGGACUUUAUUAUGGUGGACCUUCUGACGAGGACGAAGUCAUAUGUGAUGGUGGUGAAUAUGACAAAGGACCGCUAGAUUCAGCUACCAAACAACAAGAUAAGUCUGAGACUGAAAUGGCAGACAUUUCUGAAGAUGAUAAGGACGUGUUGCCUGACGAGGAAACCAACACUGGAGAUGAUAAGGACGUGUUGCCUGAUGAGGAACACAAAACUGGAGAUGAUGAGAACGUCUUGCCUGAGGAUGAAACCAAAACUGGAGAUGAUCAGGACAUGUUGCAUCAGGAGGAAAGCAACGUUGGAGAUGAUGAAGAAUUGUUUAAUGCUCCUAGUUCCCCAAAACGUGGAGCUGACGAAUUGGAGGUAUGAUCAAGUCAAUGUUAAACUUUGAGUGGCAGAUAA